AUGGCCUCGUCUUCGCUUACUGUCCCUCUAGCACUUUGGAAUCAUUUAUCUACUGCACCAGCAACAACCCUCGCUUACAAAGAAGAACAUAUUGUGACUGGUUUAAAAGACGGGAAAAUUUGGAUAUAUCGUUGUACUAUUAACGAUCUGGGUGACCUUCAGUUACAACAUAAAGUAUUAUGUAUCGGUCAUAAAUCAGCCAUUACCGCUUUAAUUAUUAUAGAAAGUAAGACUGAUGGUUGCUCUGGGAACAAUUACGUAAUUAUAAGUGCGUCGGAGGACGGUGAAGUGAUGAAAUGGUGCCUAUUAAAUGGUCGAUGUAUUAUGUGUGUAACAAGAGCAUUUGAUGGUAUCAUAACAAGUCUUAAACCAUUGACAGCGUACUCGGAGCCCCCAAAAUUUCUUCUUUGUUCUGGGUUAUCGAAUGAGAUUACUAUAUUAAAUUGUGCUACUUUAGAGAUUGUAAGAAUCUGGGCUGGACAUAAUGACUGGGUUACAUGUACUCCAUUUUAUGAUUCAGAUUCCCGACAAAUUAGACUCUUGACAUCAAAUUUCAAUGGAAUUUUGAAAGUAUGGUCAUUCGAUGAUACAAAGAAGACCAUCAAAAAAGUACAUGAAAAUGUAGGAUUACUUGAUGCUCAAGGGGGUAAAAUCUUAGAAUUGAUAAGUAACCCAUAUGACAUAGGAGUAAUAAUGGCAAUCACAAAAUUUUUUGUUAUUCGCAUAAAAAUUCCCAAGGAUGAAAGUUUUUGGGUUAAUGGUGUUUUCUUGUCAAAAAGUAGGGUUUUGGUUUCCGCACAGAAUGGUGACUCAUUUGUGUAUUUAAUACCAAGGGUGGAACGUAGAUUUUCUUUAGAAAAUGGUCAUAUACUUACUAAACCUGGACUUAUUCGACAUUCAUCUAUGCCCAAUUUGCCGGGAACUAAUGUUGAAAAAUUCGUAGCCCCAGUUGAUACGAGGCCAGUAUUAUUGGAAGCAGUUAAUUCAGAAGGCAAAGAUUUUUCUAGUACGGCGGUUGUAACAGUUUUUGCAAAUUCCAGUACUGAUGGAAAGUCAACUUCUUGGUAUUUGAUUACUUUUCGCAAUCUACUUCAUGGACCCACUUUCUCAUGGAAGUCGUUGUCAACGACAAUAAAAGAAGCUGAAAUUGACGAAAGUAAUCAAAGAGAUGUUCUUGAAUCAAAAUGGCCUAUUGAAAGAUAUUUAUCUGACAUAUGGCCAUUGAAUAAAUCCGAAAGUCCUAAAAUCACUAUUUCUGUGAUGGUUAAUGAUGACCAAAUUGCAUUUGGAUAUGAUAAUGGUGAAAUACGACUUAUGCCAUUAUCAUCAAUAUUUACCGAGGAUUCUCAACUUUAUUCAAAUUUGGUUAAAGUAUUGAAAGGUCAUAUAGGUAAAGUUACAUGUAUUUUAAUGCCAAACAACACUGGGCAUAAAUAUCUUGUAUCUGGAGGAGAAGAUUGUUCAAUUCGAAUUUGGAGUUUGGAUAAUGGUAAACGGUUAGCAUCAUUUACCUAUCAUUCACAACAAAUCACUCACUUGUUUGAACCACCUAUCGAAACUUGUCCAAGAAUUCGAAAGUGUGUGAUGUCUGUAGCGAAAGAUAAUUCUUUGGCUAUAAUAUCUUUAGAAGAAAUGAGUUGUUUAUAUAUCUUUGGUGGUUAUCUUUAUCCAAUUGAUAAAAUUCAAUGGAGAACAUCUGAUUUCUUCAUUGUUCUAUAUUAUGCUGAUGAAUCCGCUCAUUUCUGGCAGCUUCACCAAAUUGUUACCGGACCAGCUGCCAAAGAAUUAAUUAAAGAUAAUAAUUGGAUAACAAGUUCAGUUCCAUCAAAUGGUAUUACCUUUAAUGGAAAUAAUACUUUAUCUUCUUUCCAAAUGAAUUCAAAAAUCAACAACACGAUACCGCUUCAAAUAUUUAAUAUAAAUAUCAAACAACUUAUCAACGAUAUUUAUCAUUACCACGUUUCCCCAUUUGGAUCAAAGAUGAAUAAUAGAACAAUCGUUCAAACGGAAGAUUUCGAUGAAAAACCUAACCCUUUGUCUAAAAUAUUUUCAUGGACAACUAAUGGUACUUCACAAUCAUCAGUUUCAACAUCCUCGCCAUCAUCUAUACCAGAACAAGAGAGUCGAGCCAUUGAUUCUAGCAUUGUUCAAGUUAUUGUGUCGGCUCUUAUGUCAUGGAAUAUUGACGAUUCACUUGACAAGAUUUGUUUUGAGAAAUUAGGAUUGAGAAAACCAUCUCAUAAUGUUUCAAUUGGAUUAAGGGGAGCGAAUGGGAAUUUGUCAAUUGUUGCACCUUUUCUUGAUGAUUCUCAUGCUGUUUGGAAGGUAUCGCAAACAUCGACUGCAACUCGUCUUUUAUCGAUUGUUGGACUUACACGUUCAUUCCUUUCCAUGAAAGGUCUUGAGAAAUAUACAAGUGAUAUUGUCAGUUAUUAUAGCACAUCAUUGCCCGAAACUGUUGGCACAAAAUUUCAACAUUCUUCAUUGUCUUUUCUUGCAAAAUAUUUCCAGGAUUCAAAUGAUGACAUACGUCGCUCCGCACGUUUGUUGUUCUCUUCUGCUUUGAACAGUAUGCCACCAGCUGAACAGCAGUCAGUAAUUGAUUACUGGAAACAAUUCUUACCAACAGUAACAUCACCUGAUUCUUACGGUACCCUGUGUAUGGCUAGAUCAACAAUAUUACUUGGAAUGAUUGGAGCCGAUCAUCCAAAAGUUAUACCGAAAAAAGUCGCCAAGAAUAUUGCUUUAUCAUUGUUAUUAUUACUUCAUGAUGACACUAAAUUAUCUCAUCGAUUAGCUGCACUUGAAUUAUUUGAAGUACUUCGAACAAUUUUUGGAUUCGCAAUUGAAACUGAUACCAAUGCAUCAAAAGUUAAAUCCAUAGCACAAAGAGUGAUCUUACAAAUCUCUUCAAUUAAUAUGCCAUUAUGUGUUUCAACGUUAACAUAUGAUGCAAAUAAUUGUAAUAAACCUUUCGAAAAGAAUGGAUAUUUGAAAUUGAUCUCAUUACUUAUAAGGAAUAAACCAUUAAUAUUAUAUGAAAAUUUACCUCCGUUAGUUGAAUCCGUAGUAAAAUCAUUAGAUCCAAAUAUAUCAGAAAUGAGAGAUACAGUAUUACAAACCACCACAAAUGUACUUCAUGAUUUAGUUAAAACAUUUCCUUCAAUUGCAUUUCAUGGAGGAUCACAAAAGUUAGCUAUUGGAACAUUAGAAGGAGCAUCAAUUAUUUAUGAUUUAAGGACCGCAACUAGAUGGCAUAUAUUAGAGGGUCACACCAAAUCAGUUACAGCAGUGAAAUUUUCAAAUGAUGGAAGAAUAAUUGUUUCAUGUUCUCUUGAAGAAGGAAUAGUAAAUAUUUGGAAUUUAAAUCCAGGAAUAUUAGGAAUGAUAACUGGAUCAUUGACGAAUAGUAAUAAAAGUAGUGGAAAUGUGGUAGUAGGAAAUAGGAAUGGUUUAAUAGCAUCAGCCAUCUCAAGAACCGAAAUAGGUAAAGGUAUAAAAAGAGGAGUUGGAUUUAAAAAUUCAUUAUCAAGUUCUAUUAAGCCAGUUAAAUCUUUCUCAUUUAAUUUGGGAGAAGAUGCACAUCUAUCAAUAUCUUCCGUAUUAGAUUCCGUAUAUUUUGAAUGGGCGACUGAGAGGACAGUAAAAUUAUAUGUCAAAGAUACCAUUAUGUCGUUUAAUUUAUAG